AUGAAAAGCAAAGCUGUGGUGCUGGCAAUAAUAGAGGAUCUUAUGCAUGGGCCACUGGUUGUAUGUGAUGGCAGCUACAACUCUGAUGUCAUUCAAAAGCUCACUUUUUCAGCCGAAGACAUCUCCAACGAGGCUCAUUCUCCGUCUGUGAGUCCAACUGAGGAUCAUGAUGUCGAAUCGUAUUCGCGGCGAGAAGCCCGCUAUCAUGCGGUACUGCUCAUUCCCCUUCUGUGUCGGAAGUUCGGAGCACGGUGGACCUCCACGGAGAUCGUACCCUACCUUCUCCGUUGUGCAGAGGAAGAAGACGUCACGCUGAGCUUUGCGGUUGGUAUGGCGCUUAUGGGGCUACUGCUGCCGCGAUCAUGCGGUACCGUGCAGGCAAGAUCCGGCAGCGAAGACAAGUGGUUACCAAGCACGCCCGCCGCGGAGCAGCCCCCUGUCGAGGAUUCCGACCCCACCACAGGGUCGUGCCUCACUUUGGACUCCGUUCGCCCCGUCAUCGAGAGGCUCAGCGCGAGCCGCGAGGGGCUGAUCAGGCGGUUUAUGGCGCAGGUGAUCCUCCCGCAUCUGUGCUUUGGGGUUAGCCUAGAGCAGGAGGUCACGCUGGAGGGGUGGGACCGCAGGUACAUCCCACCGCAAUGGUGGCUUGGCAACGGCACCGAAACGGAAGGUGCGGACGACGUGGGCGAGCCAAACGGCGAAGGCUGGGGGGACGGCCAUUGGGGUGAAGGUGAAGCCAAAGCUAGGGGAGGGGCACAGAAGGACCACGACAGGGAAACGGUAGGAAAAGAUGACGAAGAAGAAAGCGAAACGGAUCCACUUCUGCUCCAAGAGAAAUUAAACUUCAUGAACGACGACGAGUUCAUAUGUCUGUCCCAUAGCGUUCGGGUAUGCAACGAUGCGUGGUGCCUGAACAGUGAUGACGGAUUUAGACACUUAAGAAGUGCAGCUGCCCGUCGGCAGCAACGUGCUUAUGCAGCUCCAGUGCACACUAGUCUCCUCUAUGAUGCUCCGCUGGAGUUGUAUGGAGCUUCUUACGCAGCAGCGCUUCGUGCAGACUCGGGCGCCGAUCCCUUUUCCCUAAAUCUUCGGGCCCGCUUGCUUGUUGGAGAAAUAGAAAGUUGGUUCUCUGCGCUCAUAUCGGCACAAAAGCAACAAGGAUCUUCUCAAGACCCAUCCCCUCUUUUGAGUGAACUUCGGACCAACAAAGAUGGAAGAACUCCUAAUACGAAAAUUAACAAGGUAAACAAUUCUUCCGCUGAGAGCCCGCUUCAUUCUCUACGGUAUCAACUGAGCGCAACUGAUUAUCUUGAGUGCAACUACGCUCAACGCAAGGCUCUGCGGCAGCGGUGGGAACACUUCCAGAAGCUGCUACAGUAUCUUUUAGACUCGCCCUAUCCUGGAGCUGUGGCUGUCGCGGUGGAAAUGAUCAGUGGGCUACUUCACGUAGUUCAGAGCGCUCUUGCUGAAGAACCAAGCAAUAGCACAAUAUUGAGCUGUGGACGCCUUGUCAGCAUCGCCUUACCCAAAAGGCCUCUUCGAACAGCAGCUGAACUGCGAUAUUUCAUCGCCAAAAUGACUCGCCGCAAUGUGCUCAUGAUACUCGCCGCGGCCACCUCAUCAAGGGGGGCUCCGAACAACGCUUCAGAAACGGUCUCUCUAGUUUACGAAGCGAUAAUUGAGGUGCGGUGUGCGUUGCUGUCUAUUCUGAAAAAGCACCGUCUGCUUACUGUCAUGCAGGGUGUUACACCUUUGAGUAGUAUCAGUGGGCGGUGUUCGGAAGCGCUGUUGUGGUUUGGCCCUGGUCCACACGAGCUCCAAAUGGCCUCGUUGUCUGCCUGGGAUGUAAGCCUCGGCUCGAGUAGCCCGGACAGUAUCCCGCGCCUCCUUGUCGAACCCCCUGGUGCGUUAGAUGACGACAGUGGCAGGUGUUGUCGUAACGCUCGAUUCAGAAAAAAGGGGAAUAUCAUUUCUUUGUUCUCACCUCGACUUCACCGUAUCAUACAUCUUACUAUAUUGCGCUCGCUACCCUUCCUACUUGAUUUGAGUACCAUAUUCGGUACCACUUUAAGCACCUCAAUAAGUGCAGGGAAUAGCACUAGCAGUGCUGGUACGCGGUCUCCGAUCACAAUAGGGAUCUUCGUUUCAAUAUUCAUACAGCUUCUGGUACCUGCCUCCAAGGUACCAGAGCUGCUGCUCUUGUUCGCUGAAAUGGCGAACACCAAGAACUGUACGAACGCAAUCAGCCUUGCCGUUCAGUCUGAGAGGGAUCCCUCGGAUACGAAUCCUAAUUCUGAUGCAAAAAAUAGUAGCUUGUAUCAUUCUAUGGGGGAAACAAUUGCUUCACUAGAUUUUGACAUAGUGAAAACAGCACUAGAAACAGCUCAUCGAUGUUUUGUUGAAGUUGCCAUUGCGCUACCUAUGCUUCUUCGGGAACGAUAUCACAAGAUGACUUUCAUGUCUCCAUGCCAACACGGUGAUGCUCGAGAGGACAGCAGAAUCGACAUCCAAUUGAGAUAUUUGCUGAGCUGCUUGUUUAUUGUACACUAUGUGUGCAUCAAGUACGUUGCUUUCUAUCCUUCCUGGAAGUCUCGGUGGCAGGUGGCAAAGAAACUGCCUGGACUUACUGCGGUCUUUGUUUAUGCGUUGCUACGCCUCAAGCAUACCUUAUCCACCAUUCCGGACACCAUAAUUACAACGAACAUUUCGUUUCCUGUGGCGAGCGUAUCGUUCUUUUAUUGUCAAUUGUGCCAGCUUCUAACAGAGCUCUGGUCAACGGAGGGAGGUUCAAUCCAUCCACUUGGCGGUUGGGUAGACAAUGAAGAAGCUGAAGUGCGUGCAGUGGCGUUGCAAUGUGCUGCAGACACUUUUAGCAUCAUGUCGCAGGGGGCUGUUGGUCUUUUCCCUGGCCAAAUGAAUGGGUUUGGUAUCAAGUCAAGCAAGCAGGUCGAAGCUGUAGUUGCUCGAAGAUCGGAAAAUAUACAUCCCUCAGAGGUGCUUUUGUCGCUUCUUGAGGCGGUUUUACCUUUAUGUCAGUUUAGCCUGCAGGACGCAGACCCACACGUACGAGCCGCCGUCCCGACAGCUCUGACCUCGCUUUCUCGCACGUUAUGGAGGUUGGUCGAGUCUGUGAUAUGUCCUAAACAAAACGGUAUGUCUUUAUGGUGCAAAAUAUUAGAAAGCAGGACCCCGCAUCUCGGCAAUGGGGUGAAGUCGUUGAUAGCGGCAGACGCACUAGUGCGUCUUGUAGACGACUCAAGCCCAUUGGUCCGCCUAGUGGCGGUCUCAGAGCUAGCGGACUCCAUCGCUGUCCUCAUAGGACGACGCCGUGGGAUCGGUGAGAUUGCGGGAGGUGACAGCACCACCUCUCAAUCCCAGUGCAGAGCCCUGCUUUUGUGUCUGGAGAGCCUCUCUAGGAAUGAAGUAUGGCGCUUUCGCGAGAAACACUCAGCCUUACUAAGUGUAAUAUGUUUAAAAUUUAUUGCACCGACGUAUCCCCAGAACCUCCAGGUGUGUAAUCGACUCCUCAAGAGUGCAAGAGAAUCGCAGAAGCGACAAAGUAACCAUAACAGUUGUGUUGAGGACCAUGAUCAAUACAGCCUUCCUCUUCUUAUAUACACGAAGCUUCUGCCUAUGCUUGUCGAAACUCUCUUUGACAAGGCUAAGGUUGUGCGCGAUGCUGCACUUGGACACGUAUCAAAUCUAUGCGCUAAGCUGGCUUCCGUCCAGGCACGCCAGCGAUGCACAUAUGCGAAGUCUGAGGCGUUGUGUGGCACCAUUGGACUACGGAAGAAGGCCCCGAGGUUAACUAGCUACAGAAAAGAGCAGGCGCUUCCGAAUGAGGGGGAUAGGUUCGUGAACAGGGUGUUGUGGCCCCUGAUUACCAGCUACCCGGCAGCUUGGGGUACUUACUUGAACCGUAUUGCUUUACUACGCGUUGCUGUACAUCUAGGUCUCGAUGUAGAGACAAUUUUACUACCUUUACUGACUAAAUUGGCGCGGGAUUUGGUCCCGAACGUGCGUUCAAUGGUGGCCAGAGUGAUUCUCGAAAUCCUUCACAACGGCUCGGGCCGACCCAUCCACAGCAAUGCCAGUGAAAAUUGUCCGUACCAAGGUAGUCUCAAAACUAGUCAAAAAAGCAUGCAAAACGGUGGCGUUGGUUCCGUCAUAACAUCUUCUUCCACGAAUAUAAAGAAAAGUGAAGGGGUCCAAAGUUAUACCGCUAUGGGUUUGUAUGAUGCAGUCGCGUCAUCAGCACUCCGAAGAUUCACAGAUGAAGAGAAGAAUGGUGUUGUGUUGGCGAUCUUGAGGGAACUACUGGAAGAUACUUCUGUGGAUGUUCGAAAUCAAGCAGCAGAAGCUCUCAAAAUAUGUUUCUAG